GAGUUGCUCCUGUCUCACACGUGGGACCGUCGGAGGUCACACCAAACUUAAGUUCAGAGGGGAGACACAAAUACAGAUGACUAGGCUUUUCUCUGAACUCAAUGAACAUUUACCUUUUAAAAUAUCAUACUUAAUGAAAAUCAAUGGAAGUUCAUCAAGGCGUAUUGUGUGAAAAUCGUAGUGUUUAUUCAAAGGACAAAUUGUUAUUAUUUUCUUCCCCCCUUUCUUUUGGCCCGCAUGGUUUCUCUCUCCCAGAAGCCUUCAUUUUGUAACAACAUGGCGGCGUCCGGGAGGCAAGUAGGGCAUUACAUCCAGAGAAACGGACGAUUUGUGAUAAAUAACUUCGAGCAGUUGUGGGGUCACAGGAGUUUUGGUUGGACUCCAGCUCUGCGACAACAAGCUGCCGAGGCUAAUAAAGGUGUUGCAGAAUCUACAGAGACUAUUAUCAUCCCCAGGAAGAAAACAUGGAGCAAAGAGGCGGUGCUGGAGGCUCUAGCUUCGACUGUCAGCAGGGAUCCUACAGCAUAUCACUACCAGUUCCAGGAUGACCCUUACCUCUCUCCCAGGACCUCUGCUGAGUUUAAGUUAUAUUUUCUCUCCCAGGAGUCCGGCAGGUCUGCGGCCAAAUACUUUGUCAACAGCAAUCCCAAGUUCUUCACGAAAGACUUUGCUGAACCACAUGUACCAUGUCUGAUGCCGGAGACAGUGUCACUGCGUCUUGAGGAGGUGAGCGAAGAGGCACUGAAGGAACGAAUCAGCUUGAGGAAAGUUACAGCUGCUGUUGACAUGUAUGACCAGCUACUACAAGCUGGCACAGCAGUCUCCAUGGAAACGACCCAUGAUCUGUUAAACCUGAUCUGUCUCUACUGUGACAGAGACCCUGUCCAGGAGGAGGGACCAAAGACAGAGGACGCAGAAUCAGGACAGGAGGUGAGAAGGAGGAAAAUCAGGUUCCGUCAGGCUUUAGACUUCCUGAAGUCCACUUGGAAAGAGAACAACAACGCCGAAAGAAUCUUUAACCUGCUGCCAGAGAGAGACACACAGUGUUACUCUGCUCUGAUCAGAGGCAUGGUGAAGCAUGGAGCCUAUGCAAAGGCCUUCAGCAUGUACACCGACAUGCUUAACAACAGACUGACAGCUGACGUCCACACCUUCAACGCGCUGAUCUCAGCAGCUCCAGAUGUGAGAGAAAAAUACAACGAGAGAUGGGACCUGAUCUCUGAGCUGUUGACCCAGAUGAGUGGACAGAAGGUUCAGCCCAACCUGCUGACCUUCAACAGCGUUCUUAAAGCUCUGAGACGCUGCGGCUCUUUGGCCCGAACGAAAGCUCUACAAACUCUGAAUGAGAUGAAGGCUGUGGGAAUAGAUCCCAGCUUGGCCUCCUUCGACCACAUCCUGGCAGUUUUUUAUAAAGCAGGUAAACACAGCAGUGGUUGGUUUUGUUUCUUUCCAGCCUCCUCUGGCCAGAACAGUACUGACAUUUUACAUGAAGUAGUGUCCGAGCUGACUGGAAGAAGCUUCACCUGCCAGGACCCUGAUGAUGUUCUAUUCUUCACUAGUGCAAUGAAAAUAUGUCUGGAUAGUAAAGAUCUGGAGCUGGGUUAUAAAGUACAGAGUCUAGUAGAAGUUGGGGAGAACUGGAGGAUGCUGGGGGAUCCCUACCAACAGAGUAUCUACUAUGGUCGCUUCUUCAACCUGCUGUGUAUGAUGGAGCACAUUGACAUAGUACUAAAGUGGUACAAACAGCUCAUUCCCUCGUUGUACUACCCGAACACUCAGGGACUAAAAGACCUAAUGCAGGCUCUGGACACAGACAGUCGCCUUGAUUUGCUGCCUCAUAUAUGGAAAGAUAUCCGGUCUCUGGGUCAUGAUAAUAAGUCAGAUCUGGUGGAGGAGCUGCUCACCCUGAUGGCCAGAGAGAAACACAGUCCCGAGGUUCAGGAGUCUUUUGCAGCGUGUGCUCUGGAUAUAAAGAGCGUGUUUGAUGGUGACAGAGGGAGGCCCAGUCUUGAGUGGAGCACCCCCUCUCUCUCACACAUCACCACCCUGCUGCUGCGAGCCAACAUGACCCAACAGGCCUGGGAGAUGCUGCAGCUCUUCAAAUCUAAGAACAGGGUUCCUUCUGAGGGGCUGUUCAACGACUUCCUGUCCAUGUGUCACAGCGAUGGCUCCCCCCAGAGAGCAGUGGAACUCGUCCAACUGUCUGCAGCCUUCUGUCUGCCAGCAACACCAAAGCUGGCCAAUCAAACGCUGGCUGAGUUUGAUCUGACAGAGGAGCAAAGGGCCAUUUUAUCUGAACUGGAGUCUGCAGGAGAGUCCUCAGACUGAGGGAUACAACACUAGGAUGCCAAUAACUCUCUUAACUCAAUAUAACAUUCACUGAUAAGAAAAUCUGAUAACUCCAUAGACUGUACCUAUUUCUGUAUCUGUGUAAUAAAAUAUAUGUGAAAUUA